UGGAACUGCUGCUCCCAUUCAGGCAUCGCUUCUCGGACAGCAAGCAGCAAAGGCCGCUCCCUCUCCGAAGCUCUGCCUCUACAGCUUGGACCAGUCACCAUGGUGAUAACUUCUCUUUCGGUUACAGCAGGAAAAGCUUGUAGGGAAAUGAUUUUCUGUACUGCCAAGCUCUGACUCCGCAGUAGUCUGCAUCAGCAGCACAGUGUCUUGGCAUCACUCCUCGUCCUUCCUCCGGAGUCAUGUGAAAGUGCUCCACGCUGGUUACUCUCGCCGCAGACCGAACCCUCCUUCCCGUCCGCUCGGACGUCCUCGCCCCGGCAGCCGCAGUGGCGUAGUAUCCCCGUCUCCGCUGUCACCUUCCCGGUUCGGUCCGGUUUAUCAACCUGCGCCUCCUUGGCGUACGGAGGAGCCGAGGAUGAGCGAGCAAGGGAAGGGCUCGGCAUCCGCCUCCACCGCGGCCCCAGCUCCGGGGUCGGACACCUACAAAGGCUGGCUCUUUAAAUGGACUAACUAUCUGAAAGGGUACCAGAGGCGAUGGUUCGUCCUAAGCAACGGCCUGCUUUCCUAUUACAGGACACAGGCAGAGAUGGCCCAUACAUGUCGAGGAACUAUAAACUUGGCCACAGCACACAUUGAUACUGAGGAUGCCUGCAACAUUGUUCUUAGCAGCGGCGGGCGAACAUACCACUUGAAGGCAAGCACCGAAGUGGAGCGGCAGAGAUGGGUUACUGCGCUGGAGUUGGCUAAAGCGAAAGCAAUCCGCAUGAUGAAUGAUCAAUCUGAUGACUCAGGAGAUGAGGAGCCCACAACACAGUCGGACCGCAGUGAAAUUCAGGGUACCCUGAGGAUACUUGUCAGCAAGCUUGAUGACCUCAGCACUUGUAAUGACCUAAUCGCUAAGCAUGGAGCUGCCCUGCAGCGUUCCCUCAGUGAACUGGAAGGAUUGAAAGUCCCAUUGGAAGGAGGGGAAAAGAUCAAGGCAGUUAACGAGCGAGCCACCCUUUUCCGCAUCACUUCCAAUGCUAUGACAAAUGCAUGUCGAGACUUUUUGGACCUAGCUGAGACUCACAGCAGGAGAUUGCAUCGGGCGCUACAGUAUGAGCGAGAGCAGCGUACCCACCUAGAGGAGACGAUCGAACAGCUCGCAAAACAGCACAACAGCCUUGAGCGAGCGUGGAGAGAAGCACCCACGCAUGCUUCCAGCACACCCAGUGUCCCAACCACCAGUCAGGGAAACCAAAGGGUGAACAAAGAGGACGCAAGUGAUGAAGAUGAGGAUACUGAGUACUUUGAUGCCAUGGAGGAUGCACCUACUUUUAUAACAGUGACUGCCAGUGAAAGCUCACAGCACAGGCGAUCUCAGGGUAAUUUAAGUGGAGCGAGCGGAGGCCAGACCAGUGACUGGAACCAGGACGACCAUAUGUCUCCGAGCUAUAACGAUGUGUCAGGGAAGGAGCUACUGCCGCGCAGACAGAGGCGGACUCAUAUCCCAGACAAGCCCAAUUAUUCCCUAAAUUUAUGGAGCAUCAUGAAGAACUGCAUCGGCAAGGAGCUCUCUAAAAUCCCUAUGCCUGUAAACUUUAAUGAGCCUCUGUCGAUGCUGCAACGUCUCACUGAGGACCUGGAGUACCAUGAGCUUCUAGACAAGGCAGCACGCUGUGAGUCUUCCCUGGAGCAGAUGUGCCUAGUUGCUGCCUUUUCCGUUUCCUCCUACUCCACCACAGUCCACCGAACAGCCAAACCCUUCAACCCCCUCCUGGGAGAGACCUAUGAGCUUGACCGCCUGGAGGAAUUUGGCUACCGCUCAUUGUGUGAGCAGGUGAGCCACCACCCGCCUGCAGCUGCACAUCAUGUGAUUUCCAAAAGAGGCUGGACCUUGUGGCAGGAAAUCACCAUCGCCAGCAAGUUCCGCGGCAAAUACCUCUCCAUUAUGCCUCUGGGUGCCAUUCACCUGCAGUUUCACUCCAGUGGGAACCACUAUGUGUGGCGAAAGGUCACAUCCACGGUGCAUAACAUCAUUGUGGGCAAACUGUGGAUUGACCAGUCAGGAGACAUCGAGGUCAUUAAUAACAGGACGAAGGAGACCUGCCAGCUGAAGUUCUCUCCUUACAGUUAUUUCUCCAGGGAUGUUCCACGGAAGGUAACAGGUGUGGUAGCAGACAGCGGAGGCCGGGCUCAUUACAUCCUCUCUGGUACAUGGGAUGACAAAAUGGAGAGCGCUAAGAUCGUUCAGAGCAGUCGAGGAGGAAGCGGAUCAGAAGGAAAGCAGAAGACAGUCUAUCAGACUUUAUCUCCCAAACUCCUCUGGAAGAAAUACCCUCUACCGGAAAAUGCUGAGAACAUGUACCACUUCUCAGCUCUGGCUCUGACCCUGAACGAGCCUGAAGACGGGGUGGCACUGACCGACAGCCGGCUGAGACCAGACCAGAGGCUGAUGGAGGAAGGCCGGUGGGAUGAGGCGAACUCGGAGAAACAGAGACUAGAAGAGAAACAAAGAGCUGCAAGAAGACGGAGGGAAGCAGAGGCCACAGAUGCUCUGGAUGAAGAGUGUGAUUAUGAUUCUGGUAGAGACUAUGAAGGCUACCAGCCGCUGUGGUUUCACCAGAGAAGGGACUCGGUCACUGGAGAGACAAACUUUGUGUACAAGGGAGGUUACUGGGAGUCGAAGGAGAAAGAGGACUGGAGCAUGUGCCCUGACAUCUUUUAGCUCAGGAGCUCGUCUUGGAUGACUCCGACCUCACUGGACAGGGAGCUGUCCAGCCUCUGGCCUCAAGCAGUGAAAGCUAGCUGGCUUACGAGCACCAAAAGGACCUUUACGAGUGUGAGAAAUUAUGUGUCUCACACAGUCUCUGAUUACACAUUACCUCCAAAAGAUAUGUUUCUUUAUUUUAACUUGGAUUAAAAAAAAAAAAAUCACAGGGAGUUCUGUCAGCAGUCCUCCCUGCACAAUGCUGAAAUUCUGCUGCUCCACAAAUAAAA